CUGUCAAAUAAAGAUUUAAGAAACCAUAAUGUCCAGAAUCGGACUUGCUGCGUCUUGCCAGAUUUCUGAUGUAACCGUAACAAUUCUUGUUUUCAUAGGAAACUUCAUGAGGUACAACGAGACAUACGGUCUGGAAGUGCCCACUAUUCAAGCUGUGUGGUACUAUGUCUUCUUUAUUACUCCUUCUAAGUUCUUGUACAGCUUUAUCUGCUUCUUCCUGCAUUGGAUACCUGCAUAUAUCAUUGACGCGAUCGCUGUGGUUAUUGGCAAAAAACCUAUGUUAAGAAAAGCUUACAAGAAAAUAGACAAAUUCUCCGCUGUCAUUGGAUAUUUCGCAUUAAGAGAAUGGAAAUUCCAUAAUGAUAACAUACAAUCACUUUUCAAAGAUUUAUGCGAAGCUGAUAAACAAAUAUUCGACUUUAAUUUAAAGGAUUUAAACUGGAAAGAAUACUUCUGUAGUUAUAUCAAGGGUAUUCGUGUGUAUUUAUUAAAGGACCCAAUGGAUACAAUUCCAGCAGGACUAAGAAAACAUUAUAAACUCAAAAUUAUGCAUUAUCUGUUCACAUCAAUUUUAUUUGCUGGACUUUUGAGGUUACUUUGGGGAGGGCUACGGUAUAGUGUAGGCGUAUAACAUAAGCUUUAUAUUGUGUAGAUAGAUAUUUAAUUUUUUAAUACGAAAUAUAUAAACAUUUUCAAUUCGUAAAUCGGCGUGACGGCUAAAACUGUUUGUGAUUUAGGUUAUAAUCAAAUAUAAAUGUGAAUGGGAUUUCCAUUGUAUAAAUACUUGUAUAAAACAUGUAACCAUAAAUAGAUUACUUUUAGAAAAAAUCAGAGCAGACAAUCAAUUAAAACUUUGUACACGUUUUUAGGCGCGACUAAAACUAAAGUACUGUGAAUAAAAAAUCUUUAAUUAUGAGUUAUGUUCGAAUUUCGAAGAAUGGGCGAGUAGUAUAUUUUAAUACAAGUGCUACGAUAGUGCAAACUAACGGUUAGAAGACUUAAUAUCGUUAAACACUAAGUAAUAUGCCUAAAGUGAUAAAAGUAACAAAAAUAUUUUUAUAUCAAUUACUUUGAACUAAACGAUUGAUGGGAA